ACCCCGGGACCCUCCGUUGCCCCCCAAGUGCCCCCCAUAAGACCCACACAUGGGGGGGGGGAGCCAGCGAUGACCACGUGACCCGGCGCCGUUGCCGCGGGGGGGGGGCGUGGCUUUGCCGCACCACGUGACUCCAUUCAUGCCCGUGCGCCCCCCCCGCCCGGGGCUGCGGUCACGUGGUCCGGUGGGGGGUGUCACCAUGGCAACGGGGGACGGGGCGGGACCCUUCCCUGGCCAAUCAGAGGCGGGGCGGGGCCCUGGCGUGCGGCCAAUCAGAGGUGAGGAGCGGCUGGAUCGCUGCAGGUUUGGACCAAUCAGAGAACGCGGGGGGGGGGGGGGGGAGUAGAUCCCCCCCCCGCUUUGAUGCUGCAGCCAAUCAGCGCCUCAGCAGCGCAGCCAAUGAGAGCCCAGCGCGGCAGCUGGGCACUAAACCAACCGACCAAUCAGGUUCCCGCCAUGAGCUUCCUCCUCUUCGCGCUCACCGGCCUCCACGGCCUCGGCCUCCUCCUGCUCUUCAUCGCCACCCUCGGCAAGGCCUGGUGGGUGCUGCCGGACGGGGGGACCCUGAACCUUUGGUACGACUGCGAGUACCUCAACAGCACCCAUGGGUGGGCCUGCACCAGCACCGGGGACAGCCCGUGCCUGCGCGCGGCGCGGGGGCUCCUGCCGGCGGCGCUGCUGCUCUCGGCCGCCUCCUUCAUGCUCUUCCUGUGGCAGCUCCGGGGGGGGCCCCGGGGAAGCGUCUUCAUCCCCGCGGGGGGCACCCAACUGCUGGCAGCGCUCGCGGCGCUGUUGGGGGCGGGGCUGUACGCGGCGCGGGGAGGGCGCCCCCUGGCGGGCGGCUUCGGGCCCUGCUUCGGGCUGGUCUGGGCGGCCGCGGCGCUCGCGCUGGGCAGCGGCUGCGCCUACCUGCGCCUGCGCAAGGGGGCGUGACCGCGCCGCGCCCCGCCCCCCGCCGGGACAAGCCACGCCCACCGCCGAUAAACCACGCCCCCUUCCGCGGCGUCCCCUGCUGGACCGACACCAUCGCCCGACCCCGGCACCAGCGCGGACUCUGACGUCACGGGCUGUGACGUCAUUGGUGGCAUCAGCGCCGUCAGUGAUGUCAUUGGCAGUGUCAGUGCAGUCGAUGACGUCGCCGCUGGCGCAGCACCAAUGGCGUUAAUGUGGUCUGUGACGCCAUUGAUGGCAGCAAUGAGGUCAAUGACGUCAUCAAUGGCACCAACAUGGCCAAUGACAUCCCCAAUGACGCAUCAUCAAUGGCGUCAAUGACGUCAUCAACAUCGUCAGCAUGGCCAAUGACGUCAACAGCAAGACCAGUGCAGUCAAUGACGUCACCAAUGGCAUCAACAUGGCCAAUGACAUCCCCGAUGACGCAUCAUCAAUGGCGUCAAUGUGGUCAAUGACGUCAUCAACAGCAUCAACAUGGCCAAUGACGUCAUCAACGGCAUCAACACCGCCAAUGACAUCACCAACAGGACCAGCACGGUCAAUGACAUCACCAAUGACACAACGUCAAUGGCAUCAACAUAGUCACAAUGAUGUCAUCAACAGCAUCACCCGUGGUGCCAGCACAGUCAAUGACGUCACCGAUGGCGUCAACAUGGCCAAUGACGUCAGCAGCAGCUUCAACGCACCCAAGAGCAUUGCCAAUGACAUCAUCAACAAGACCAGCACAGCCAAUGACAUCACACCAGCAGCAACGUGGCCAAUGACGUCAUCAACAGCACCAAAGUGACCACCAGCAUUGUCAACAGAGUCAAUGUCACUGAUGACAUCAUCAAUGACAUCAUCAGUGACAUCACCAACAGCACCAGCAGGGCCAACAGCCCCACCACUGACGCCAGCGCAAUGACAUCACCGAUGACAUCACAGCAGACAGAGCCACGCCCUCCCCCGCCCCCAGUUGACAUCAUUAUGACGUCACCUUGAUGUGGUUGUGACGUCACCCUGCUCUGGCAGUGAUGUCAUGGGCGAGGUGUGAUCUCAUUGGCUGCUCCCCACCUCCAUGCGGAGGAAUAAAACCCAAAAGCCCGGUG